AUGCACCGACAGCGUUUAGAGAACAUGCGCUCAGCCAUCGAUACCCGUGCUCCCGCUCCGAUGCCACAUCUACAGCUCUACGGCCGUGACUACGCCGCCAAGAAGCGCGCGACCACCGAAGCGGCCUUCAGUGAUCUCAAGAUGAUCCAGUCGAUCGCAAAAAUCAUGACGAGGGACAUCAAGGUCCCUGAGAGGAAAGGGCCAGUCAGCCUCAAUGCCGAUGGCCGUAAGCAGGAGAUUUAUCGGAUCAUGAAGGAGAACCAUCAGCUGCUGCAGAACAUCGAGACAUGUCAACCGGUCGUGAGGACCUCUGACAUGAUGAGAUGGGAUCGCAUGCGGAAGCGCUAUAUCAUCAAUGCUUCGCACACCAUGCGCAUGGCUGGGGAGUAUGACGACGACAUCAUGCGGAUUAGAGAUGAAGAUCGUCGAAAGAGAGAGGCCCGGCCUGUCCUCGGUCAAGUGAGUUGA